GUUACACUCUCCGUUUAAUAGUGUUAGCUACAACGAGACUUUAUAUGCAUGCUAAGUUAAGAAUACUUGCAUGCUCUAUUUCUAAGUUAGUUCAUUAAGGAGAGUGAGUACUUAUUUAAAAUAUUAUAUUACAGAAAGUCCGUUGCGCCUUCCAAGGAUGCCCUGGGAAUUUCAGUGAUCCGGUGGGACAUGACUGCUGUCGGUCCCACGCUCAUUGCUCGAUCUCUUUCAUUGCUGAAGAAGGCCAGACCCCGUACAUGAUCUGGUUCCCGGAGUCUUGCGCAUGGUGUUUUGAGUUGACCUCAAUCUUGUUAAACGAUGAGGCGGAUGAGGAGAGUUUGAAGGCGGCCAAGGCAAGUCUUCGACAGUGGGUGUCUGGAUUCGGCCGUAAUGCACCACAAGGUUGCCCUUAUGUGUUGGAUAACACUUUAGCUACCCGUCUGUUCCCCGGUUCUCCGUCGGCUGGAGUAAAGAGUGAAGUAGCUGCUCCGAUUAUAGAAGCCAUUCGAGCGGCUAUGGCUCCAAACCAGGACGACCAACAACUGACGGGAGAUGUGGCUGCUCUAGACAUCCAUCUAGAACCGAUGGAUGAGCAGGUAGGUGGCGUAGAGGUUCCGGCAGGAUCCUUCAUUUCUCCUACCCCCUCUUCUUCUUCCUCUUCUUUUCUAGGCUUCGAUAAAUCUGUUCCUUCACCUUGGGAAGGUUCUAGGUCAGUCCGACCCAAGGUGAAGCCUUUGAAGGCAUCAAAGCCUUCAUCGAAGGCGUCUAAGUCAACUCCGUUGGCGAAAUCAGCGUCGUCUCCGGCCCCUAGGCCAUCGACGUCGUAUGAUUCUUCGCCAGCUGCCAAGGCACCUCCUCCUUCUAAAGGACAGAGGGGUAAGUCCGCUAAACCCAAGACGACGGAGCUUGACUUACAAUCUGACCUCCUCGUGGACAAACUUUUGUCAAGGUUUAGAGAGGUAGUGGAUGAGAGGCUGGAUGAGAGAAUUCCUCCUACUCCGGCUCCCACUCCAGCCACGCAGUCGGUGACUGACAUAGUGGCGGAGCAGCUAAAGCCGAUCAGAGAUCUGAUCGCAGGUAUACUCCAAUCCGGAACUCAAGCUGCUCCAUCGUCAGUUCCGGAUGCAUCGAAAUUACCGCCGUUCGAUAAGAACAACCCUUGGCGGUUUGCACUCCACGCUCCAUACUUGGAUGGCACACUAACCCUUGAGGGUCUGGGUACUCGACCAUUGUCAGAUUUCGAGUUCUACCCAGAAGGACUUCAGUUUCCUUUCAAUGGGUUUGUCAGACUGACGGAGAAUGCAUUAGUCAGAAUGGAUAAAGUUCCUAAGGAAACAGUUAUUUUCCCGAAGGAACAAGCCCAAGCUGUCUGGGCUCGCAUUAUGACUGAUUGGGGUUGUACAAACACAAAAUUAACCCCUCACAAAGGAUCGUAUACGAUCUUUACAUCUCCACAGGACAUCGCUUCUCCGUUCAUUGAUAAGAUCACAGAGCUUACAAUUCAGGCUGAGAAUGAUGAUCUGCCAAUGCCGACUCUCAAAGAGACGGAUGGCUACUCCCUCUCAUGCCAGCCACUAGAGAAUUCUGGCAGGACGUUCCGUCGACUUUCACAGUCGGAAAACUAGACGCAGACU